UAAUCAUGGUGCGCCUGACUUCGAAUAUAAACAUUUUCGACAGCACUUAAAAGCAGCAUCAUUUCCAACUGCUAUUUUCUGUACAACGGACUCGUUGGUCACCUAAAAAGUGCACAUUUGAUAAACGUGAUCCUAACGUCGGUCUAAAAGGCGAACUAACCGACAACGUCCUUUUGAACUUGUGGGCGUAAACGUGCGCGACUGCGCGAGACUUUGAAUGCGGCGAAACUGAAGACACCAGGCAGUUUGGCUAACGUUAACUCGUGAAAAUCACAGCAAAUCUCCCAGGAUGUCAGACAGCGAAUCCAUCAAGAAGUUGUUGCGGUCUGUGCUCCAGUCCAGCAAGGAUGGCGUGUCCAUCAGCACCCUCCAGUCAGAGUACCAGUCACUGUGCGGAGAGAGCAUCCCGCUGGGGACGCUGCAUUUCUCAAACAUGGAGGACUACCUCAAGAGCAUCCCCUCUGUGGUCCGCUUGGAGUACCGCAUGGGUAAUAUAAUAUGCUUUGCCGCAGUGUGUAAAGAGACGAUUCACAUUGCUGAGCUUGUGGCCAAGCAGAAGAGCGCCAAGAGAUCCGGUCGCUCCCAAUUGGUCAACUGCAAGAUGAGAUUCAAACCCUCAAACCCGUACAUGCUUAACGUGAGGCCACGGUCCUCUCUCCGCCAACCCUCAGCUCUCGGUGCCUCUAAUUGGCCAGCAUACCGUUCUCGGUCUCAUGGCGGCUACAGAGCCUUCAGCGCCUCUGAAGACUACAGGCAGUCGGACCAGAGGUUGAGCUCCUUCACCCCUGUCGAGCACAGACGACCGGCUUCUCUACUAGCUGUAAGACAGUGUCUCCUGCCUGACAGGAAAGAGAAGAACGUGGCAAACUGCCAGAGGCCCAGAGAAUCCUCCACAGAGAAGCCUCCCGAACAAGUCUCCAGACUCGGCCAAUCCCAGUCUUGUCUGUAUGACGUGGAGCUGGUGCAGAGCAGAAUAACUCAGCUCCUGAAGAGGUACUACACCGGGUUGUGGAUGUCCAAACUCUCGGAGGUCUACAGUCAAAUGUUCAGUCAGAAGCUCCACCCUCAGGCGCUCAUUGAUCUGGAGAAGUGGACACGUAUCAUUAUGGUGGAGCAACCUUCCAGCACCAACCGAGCUGACCGCCUAAUCUACCCUCCUCUGCCUCCCAAGCUUAGUAUUGUUCCCAGAAGAAGCACCACCAACAUGCCUCCAGCGUCACCCACUGAUUCAAAAACUAUCACCCCACCCAUUUCUUCACGUCCCUCAACACUCGACCAACCUUCGUCCCCUCCCUUUCCUGUCCCUAAACCUGGAGGUUCCCCCCAAAGCCCCUUGGUUGAGCCAACCUUCAUCUUUCCUCCGCAACCUGUCGCCGCGUCUUCCAGCAAACCGUUAAAUUCAGUCACGUUGCGCAGCCCUGCCCGCAACCCGGCUCUUGCUCCGCAGCUUCCCAACUGUGUAACUAAUGCAGUCAAUGCCAGCAGUCAAUGGAAACAAAAUCGGAAGUUGCGUACGACUACCCACAACCAAAACACGCUGAACUUAACCGCGACCUGGACUUUCCCUGCGUCGACCAGCACUCCCUCAUUGGCUUCCUCCCUCCAACCCGGCCCGGAAAUUUUACCGCUUUUGAAGGCCACCUUCUCUGAAUCUGCCCCUUGUCCUCCCUUGAAAUCUCCCGCUGUCGUUGUGUCGGCUGAGGUGCGUCAGAGAAUAAAGGAGCUCCUGUCCAAGUACAGUCAGGGUCUGUGGGCCCACGCUUUGCCCAAACUCUUUAUGGACACGUACAAGAUGCCGUUCCCCCAACAUGUUCUGGACAACGUGUCUCUUUUGCUGGAUAUAUUCACUGUGGAGUACCCCAUGCCGCAUGACAAGAAGAAGGCCAUCCUGUAUAACUCCACAAGAGAUGACAUGGAAGCCACACAAGGCCACGAAGGCCAGCCGUGCAGAAUCCACCUCCCUCCCUCUGGUCUGGAGGUCCUGGGUCCUGUGCCUCCCUCUCUGGUUCUUCCCUCAGAGCAGUACCCCUCUGUUCUGAUUAUUGAUGCCAAGAGAAGCAAUGCUGUCACUAUAAGGUAUAUAGGUGAGAACUACUCGAACGCCCAGGAAGCCAUGGAGGAGGCCAUGCACUCUUUCUACAGCCAAAGCUCCGCCCACCGUCCUCUGUCCAAACCCGUUGUUGGUCAGCUGGUAGCAGUCAGAGGGGAGGUUGGAGAGGAGCUGACAAGAGCUCAAGUCAUGGGUGUCACGGCCCCUAACAAGGUCAAGGUAUACUUUAUGGACCAUGGCUCCUCUGUGGAAACCAGUGGGACUAAUCUGCUGGAGCUGCACCAGGACUUCCUCUCUCUGCCCUUCCAGGCUAUAAGUGUUGGACUUGCAGGUCUAGAGGCGUUCAGCUCCCAUCCACUGGUGCUGUCUUCUCUGGACAAGCUGGCAGUCGAAAAGAUCCUGCUGAUGGAGACAUUGGAGUCGAGUCAACAGAAUGAGACGCCCGUCGUAGUGCUGUACGACACGUCGCAGGAUGAUGACAUCAACAUCAACUCCGCCUGCCUGAAGGCUCUCCAGGACGUGACCAUGAGCAACCCUCUGACUGUAAAUGCCACCUAUCAGGAUGUGUGUGUCACAAAUGUGUGUGCAGAUGGUAUCGUCUACUGCCAGCUGCCCUGCAGAGGAUCCGCAAGACUCAGCAAGUUACUGGAAGAAACGGAGAGCUUCUUCAUCUCCCAGAUGACUUCUGAGUCCCUGGUGUCCAGACCCUUCAUUGGCAAGUUCUGUCUCGCCCGCUACAAAGGAAAGUGGUCCAGAGUGGAGAUCACCAACAUCUACGGAAAUCGAGUGAUCGAGAUCCUCUUCAUUGACUUUGGUGUCCCAGCAACUGUAGAGGUCACUGAUCUCCGAGAGAUCCCCCAUGUUUUCCUCAAAAACAUAACAGUCAUCCCACCACUGGCUAUCAAAUGUCGCCUGGCUGACGUCACAGUUCCAGAGGGAGACUGGAGCCCUGAGGCCGUUCUGUGGGUGAAGGAGGCUCUCCUGGGCUCUGAAGACUGUAAAAUGAAGAUCUUGAAGUUAGACCAGCAUGAAGAGGACCGGCUGGUCUACAUGUACCUGUUCGUUGGUGCUGACAGUCAGGAGCUGGACAAGAGCUACAACCAUCAGCUGGCCCAGUCCCAGUUGUGGCAGGAACUCACAACCCAGAACAACAACAUAAUCACCAGUAAUAGCAGCAGCAUGGAAACAGGUCUCAGUGCUCUUGUAGAGAAGUUGACUCUGAGCAGCUCGGUCCCAAACCCUGUCACCAAAUCCUCAACGGGACCUCUUCAAGGUGCAGAGGUCUCAUCCGCUCCAGAUGUGACCACCAAGCCUCUUCCCCUGCCUCCCCCACUGGAGCUCCCCCAGCCUGGCCAGAAUAUGGAUGUGUUUGUGCCCGUGGCCUGCCACCCUGGUUACUUUGUGCUGCAGCCAUGGCAGGACCUGCAUAAGCUGGUGGUGUUGAUGGGAGAGAUGAUGCUCUAUUAUAACCAGACCAACUCGUCCCCAGACAUCCAGAAAGGACAGAUCUAUGCUGCCAAAAUAGAGAAGAAUUGGUACCGAGUGCAGGUGAAGGGGAUUCUGGCCAACGGGUUGGUUUCUGUGUUCGAUUUGGACUACGGCAAACAUGAGCUGGUCCGCAGUACGCUGCUCAGGCCGUUGAUAGAGGAAUUCAGACAGCUGCCCUUCCAGGCCAUCACUGCACAACUUGCAGGUAUGAAGCAGCACCAGUGGUCAGAGGAGGCCUCCAUGUUGUUCAGGAACCACGUGGAGGACCGAGCGCUGGUAGCCCAGGUGGAAAGUGUGUCAGAGGUCAGAAGUCAACUCUGGCAAUGCAGGUUGACCGUGUUCCUGGUGGACACUACAUUCGAGGACAAGGACCUUUGGAUUCACGGCAUGAUGGCAGACAUCAGCAGUGAGCUGUCCUAGGAUCUCUUCUCAUGCAUGUUGGUAAAUGAACCAGCAAGCUGACUGUGAGUCUUACAACACUUGUUUUCAUUUUCUGAAAAUGGUGAACUUUGGAAGCCAAACGUCACUUCCUCGGCCCUUGGUUAAUUUUUCAGCAUUCCUGAUCUUUCUCCCAACCGAGACAUUGAAGAAGUCCCUUUUUAUUUCAAUUUGAUUGUAGUCGAGGCUCAUGUCAACUUGAGAUGGAUGUUUUAUUGAGGAGUUCAUUUUAUUCUGAAAUUAAGGACUGUUGCAUGAGUCUCAGGGGCACUAUUGAGGUCAAAAUGAAUGAGAAAUAAAGAUGGGAAACAUCCCACGCCAUCAAUUGUUGCUCUUGCCAGUCUUCAUUGUAAGACAAACCAAACUCACUCUAAUUCAUCAAAACUUUAAAGUUAUGUCACUUGUGUGUUGCAUGUUUUGUGUCUUAUUUUCUACUCUAUGCCCCCAUCUCUUUUAUUUUUAGUUUGCUGUGCCUUAUGCAUGCAAUGGUGUGGCUCAUGUGUUGUGUAUAUGUUUUUACAUGAAUCCAAUUCAAAUGCAUAAAUCUACAUCUGCUAUGAAUCUACGUUGUUUAAACUUCACCGAUGGGAACAUCUUGUUUAAUAACACCCCAUGUUACUUGGCUUUAAAGAAUGUUGUAAUAUUUCUCGUGUGUCAACAUGAAAAGCUGUUCACAAGGUUUUGUUCAAUUAAAACAUU